GAGAAGCAACUAACUUGAAGACCGUUGAGAACAAAUCUCAGUCAAAGCCCCCAACACCAUCUUUCUCGGUCAGACAAAUCAGUACCACCCCGUACCACUACAACACCCCCCUCUCUCUCUCUUACUUUCUCUCUCUAUACCUCUCUAAUAAUAUAUAUCAUUAUGUUCGUCUCUCUCAACAAUCCUUCUCAAUUCCCUAGUCUCAUCUCUCUGUUUUUUACUUCCAAAGACUGUCUCAUACUAUGCAUUCUUGCGCAUUACUGAGAAAAUCCUCACCGUUGAUCCGUCGAGUCGUCCAAGCUCAACGUCUCAACACUCGUCCCAUCUCCACCCAAUCGAACGGCCCACUUUCAUCACCACCAUCAUCAUCAUCAUUGAAAUCGUUUGGUGAGUCAAGCUAUAAUGAGGACAAGAGGAGUGAAUCAAUUUUAGAGUCGUUUCUGAAAUCGCUGAUCUCGUCUGGGGUUGUCGUGGUAGGGUCGACCUUAGGGCUUUGCUAUUGGUCUUCUCUUUCUGAUACCAUUUCAUUUCUAUCUUACGCCGACUCCGGAGACGACACUACAGAGCCUGAAAAGAAACCCAAGUUUCUAUUUGGAGAUGCAUACCGGAAAAAAGUUUUCUUUAAGUAUGAAAAACGCAUAAGGUUGCAAAGUCCUCCGGAAAAGGUGUUUGAGUACUUUGCAUCAUUCCGAACUCCAAGCGGAGAAGUAUUUAUGACACCAGCUGACUUGAUGCGGGCAGUUGUUCCUGUAUUUCCUCCGUCUGAAACAACUCAUGUUAGAGGGGGAUAUCUGAAAGGAGAAUUAAACCCUGGCGAAUUGCACUGUGCACCUUCAGAAUUCUUUAUGCUUUUUGAUACUAACAAUGAUGGACUUAUAUCAUUUGCAGAGUACAUAUUUUUUGUUACACUACUCAGCAUCCCAGAAUCAAGCUUUUCUGUGGCAUUUAAAAUGUUUGACCUUGACAAUAACGGAGAGAUAGACGUGAAUGAAUUUAAGAAAGUCAUGGGGUUGAUGCGAACUCAUAAUAGACAAGGGGCUCGGCACAGGGAUGGACUGAGAAUUGGACUAAAAGUUUCAGGUUCUGUAGAGAAUGGGGGUGUGCUAGAGUACUUCUUUGGCAAAGAUGGCAAGAAGUGCCUUCAACAUGGAAAAUUCGUCCAAUUCCUAAGAGACUUGCAUGAAGAAAUAUUGAGGUUGGAGUUCGCUCAUUAUGACUACAAGUCACGGGGAACAAUAUCAGCGAAAGACUUCGCAUUGUCCAUGGUUGCAUCUGCUGACAUGAAGCAUAUAAACAAGUUUCUUGACCGGGUUGAUGAAUUGAACAAUGAACCACAUGUCAAAGACAUACGCAUCACUUUUGAAGAGUUCAAGAAUUACGCAGAGCUACGUAAAAGUUUAAGGCCCUUGUCUCUGGCCAUCUUCAGUUAUGGAUCUGUGAAUGGGCAGUUGACAAAGGAGGAUUUCCAGAGGGCUGCAUAUCAAGUUUGUGGCAUCUCUCUCACUGAUAAUGUGGUUGAUAUGAUAUUCUAUGUAUUUGAUGCCGACCGUGACGGGAGUUUAAGCUCGGAUGAGUUUGUAAGAGUAUUACAAAGACGGGAAAAGGACAUGUCGCAUCCAAGGGAGGCAGGCUUCUCAGGAUUGAUAUCAUGCUGGGUAGAGUGUACAAAAAACAGUGGUGGUUCAAAGAGUGUUUUUUAGCUCAAUGGCUUGAUAGAUGAUGAUGACCCUUUUUCUUGAAACAAGGAUUUACAUUUAUCUCUUACUCUCGCAUUGGGAUUUUACUCGUUCAUCAUCAAGAAUAGUUAUUCAAGUUGGGAUGCUUGUGAUUAGAUAUUCAGUGGGACUCGAUCUGCCCAACUUAUUCACUCAUCUUCUAAAAUGAAAAUGUGAAGUCAGUCCAUACUGAUGUAUGUACAUAUUUUUCCUGUUUCCAUAUCGAAGUUGUCUUGUAAUCUAAUUUUUUAACACUAUUAUUUGUUUAUUCAUUUAUGGUAUUUUCUCUUU